GACACAUACCUACAUAAUAUAUACGUUGCACACACACAUGUUCUAGCAGCAGGAGGGCAUGAUGUGGCAUGCAGUCUGAGCAAGCUUCAGUUUGUCCCACAAGUCAAUGUAUUUGGGGUGUAAGCAACAGGCUGGAUCCUGAUUGGAGACAGGCAGUUUGUCCGCUACACAAAGUGGCUUCAUACAGUGCUUAAACAAUUGGUUUAUUAGUUAAUCACCAGAGAAUUUACUUUGAUGAUGGAGUAAUUGUUUAAUUUACCAAGGAAAAAGCACAAGUAUUUGCUGGUUCAGGAUUCUCAAAUGUGAGGAUGUUCUGCUUUCCUCUGUUUUACAUGAUUGUAAAUUGAAUAUCUUUAGGUUGUGGACUAUUGGUCAGACAUACUGAAUACAUUGGAUGAUGUCACUGUGGUCUCCAGGUACUUGACAUGGGCAUUUUCACUAUUUUCAUUACGGUUUUUUAGACUCAAAGAUUAUUUGAUAAAUCAUUUUACUUGAUCAAAUCAAUAAUCAAAAUGAUAAUAAGUUUAUUCUGUUAUUAUAGUUGACCUGGGUAAUCCUUUUAGCACUUAAAUGUGCAUCGAGUGCACAGACAUUUUGUUACCUUGCCUACACAACAACAGGACUUUGGGGGGAAAAGGAAUGUGUGUGCAGUGCAGUGAUAUCCACAUUAUCUGACUACAUUUGUGUAUAAUAACCUGCAUUUAAUAGCUAUGAUGAUAAGGUUUGUUAGUUCAGUGUUUGUUGGUCAUGAAGGUUUCAGGUUCUCUUUCCUACUGAGUUGCAUUCCUUCUAAAUAGUCUAUUAGAUAGAAAGAAGACGAGCAGAGAUCUAAGUCCCACCAGGAUCAAAAACCCACUGAUGUAGUUUGCCUGUCUGGUGGUUGCACACACAUCAUUAGGACAAAAUAAGCUGAUGGACUUGGUUGCUAGGCUGCAUAGUCCCAAACGUGGGAGCGUGGCUGGCUGAUGGAUAGAACCUGACUUUGCUUCUACUCUAGAGUCGGUGGUGAUUUUUUCAAUUAUAUUUAAUCAACAUGGCUUUAAGUGUGCAAGUCCUGCAGUGGUACAAAAAGAAAGAAGAUAAGCCGAUAUCUAUGGUAGCUAAUGCAAUGUGUGCUUUGGACCAUUUCCAGAUAUUAGUAAAAAAGUAAUUUAGACCAUUGAUUUCUAAAAAUGUAUCCAGAUAAAAUAAAAAAAGCGAAUGCUCAGUCAUUUUUUUUUAAUACGGUGUUAACUAGUGGAAAUGAGAGAGAAUUGACCCCAGUGAAUAUCUGUAUGUUUAUUUUAGGGCCGUCUAUUCGUAGCUCUUUUUGCCUGCUGGUAUCAAGUAACACUGUGCACUCUCAACCAGAGUGAGACUCGCAGGCCCGUCACACUCUCAUGGGGGGGGUGCUGUCGGAGUUCUGUGCGAAGGGGUGGGGAGGAUGUGAAUGUGCAAAACAUUUUUAAUUAAGUUUUCUAUAUGUUAGGGCUACAACUAUUAUUAAUUAUUUAUACACUGUUUUGCUGCCGUUACCAAUAAAUGUUUAAUAUUUGUAAGUGACUUAAUUAAUUUAUAGGCGAUCGAGAAAGUUAAAGCUACAUACACAAGUACUUCACAAACACCGCUAUGAGAAUAGCAUUAAAUACGCUAUAAACUAUAUUAUGGUCAUUUUAUGCAACUAAUGUAAUGACAGGUACACCCUUUCAAAUAGCAAAGGAUUUUUAAUUCUAAAUAACUAUUCAGACACUGGAAUUGGAAUGUGAAAGAAGUACGUAAAACAUAAAUGAAAUAAAACCACACAACUAAAACAAUAAAUAAAAUAGACUCUCUGGCUCUGCUACCAAAAAUGACACAUUAAUAAAUCUUAAACAUUUGACACAGGGGUAUAGAGAGUCAUUAUACUGCCAACCCAGUUUCUCAGUGGUUAGACCUUUGUUAACAAAAAGUGCUAAGUGAAAACAUAUUAUCUAUAAGUUAGAUAAAUGUCACAACAACAACACUCCUCUCUCAUUCGGCUUAAACCCAAAAUGUUCGCACACCGGAGCUGACGUUCGAUAACGAAAAAAAGAUUGAGGUCAUGUCCAUACAUUGUACGAUAAGUCGAUAAUGUAAUUAUUGUGACGGGGGCGUAAUCAUGAUGUGCAGGGUGGUGCUGGUAUGUUUACAUUGGUUAACCCUGGUUGAAGUAAGAGCAGCACGGCGAGAGCAGGACGGUGCAAAAACAGUGAGAGUCAAAUGUUUUUAUUUCACCCAAAGGGUACAAGGAAGUGAAUAUUACCCUCUCAUCCGCCCAUCCUCCAUCCUCUGUUUUUCUCGCUCCAUCCAUCAUCCUCUCCUGUAUCUCUCAUUUCCCUCUCUCAUCUGAUCUGCAUGUUUACAAGAUGGACUGAUUUCUCUCUCCAUCUGGGGAGAUUAGCUGUCCAAGGCUGUCCGUCUGCAUGCAAGAUAUAAGGAUGAAAGCAGAGUGGGACAGACGCACUCUUUCUCCUCCCUACUAUCAGUCUCCCCUCCGCUGAACUAAAAAAACGGGGAAAAAAACUUUGUUGCAGUAUGUUCUGCGGUGGCUGUUAUUACGAUUUGGAAGCAGUGUGUCAGGGCUCUGUUCACUCCAAUGACAGCCUGUCGGACUCCAGCCCGCCUGCCUCUGGUGUUCCCACUCAGGUGGUCCAACCAGUGCAGAACACCCAACAGGUGGAGCAUGUGUACUCUGGUCAGGUGCAGUAUGUGGACGGAGGAGGAGACGCCACUUUUGCCACAUCCUCCAUUCGAUCGAGCAACUACCCUUUCUCCGACUCGCCCCUUUACUCCCAGACCCCUCCCACCUCCUCCUCCUACUAUGAGACCACGCCCACCUCUGAGUCAGACAUCACCGGCUCUGUGACCCCGCAGCCCGUUUCUGUGGCAACAGCGGGAGCCAAUAGCGGGGUAGUUGCCUCGGGCGGAGGGGGCUAUGUCAUUCAGGGAGGUUACGUGUUAGGAGGAGGAGCAGCAGCAGGUGGAGGAGGAGGAGGAGGAGGAGGACAGAGUUACUCCAGCCCUAAUUCUCGUGCCCCACCCGCUACUGUGCAGUGGCUGUGUGAUAACUACGAGGGGGCGGAGGGGGUGAGUUUACCUCGCUGCACCCUCUACUACCACUACCUGCUGCACUGCCAGGAGCAGAAGCUAGAACCUGUUAAUGCUGCAUCCUUCGGCAAACUCAUCAGGUCCGUCUUCAUGGGGCUACGUACGAGGAGAUUAGGGACCAGAGGGAACUCAAAGUACCACUACUACGGUCUGAGGAUCAAAUCUGGUUCCCCGCUGCUCAGACUGAUGGAUGAACAACAGCACAUGGCGUUGAGGCAGCAGCCUUUCUCACAGAAAAACAGGAUGAAGCCACUUCAGAAGGCACAGGGCAUCACCAAUGGGACAUCAGGUGGGAUGGGUCAGCAGGCGGCGGCGCUUUGUGAUAUUUCGGCACAGGUGCAACAGUAUCAGCAGUUUCUGGAGGCAUCAAGGCCGCUGCCAGACUUUGUGGACAUUGAUCUACAAGAUCGAACCCUGCCUGACGGGAUCCUCUCAGAACACCUCAAGGCCUUUCAGACUCUCUACAGAGAACACUGUGAGGCCAUUCUGGACGUGAUGGUCAACCUUCAGUUCACUCUCGUAGAGACACUGUGGAAAUCCUUCUGGAGGUUCAGCCAGAGCACAGACACCGAAUCACUCAACCUGCACAAUGAGUCUGAGAAGCGUCUGCCCAAAUCGUGCCUGGUGGUGCUGUGUAAGUAUGAGCCCGUGCUGCGCUGGACGAAAGAGUGCGACAACCUGCUCUACCAGACUCUGGUGGAGAUCCUCAUCCCUGAUGUACUGAGACCCAUCCCUAGUGCCUUAACUCAGGCCAUCCGCAACUUUGCCAAGAGUCUGGAGAACUGGUUGACAGGCGCCAUGAUGAACAUCCCAGAAGAGAUGGUUCGCAUAAAGGUGGUGUGUGUGGGCUCCUUCUCCCAGACGCUGCGCCGCUACACCAGCCUGAACCACCUGGCCCAGGCAGCCCGUGCCGUCCUCCAGAACACAGCCCAGAUCAACCAGAUGCUCUCGGACCUCAACAGGGUGGAUUUUACUAACGUACAGGAGCAGGCAUCCUGGGUAUGUCAGUGUGAAGACCGGGUGGUUCAGCGGCUGGAGCAAGAUUUUAAAAUGACUCUGCAGCAGCAGAACUCUCUGGAGCAGUGGGCCACCUGGCUGGAUGGAGUCGUCACCGAGGCCCUGAAGCCCUACGAGCACAACACAGCCGCUCUACCAAAGGCUGCCAAGGUCUUCCUGCUCAACUGGUCCUUCUAUAGCUCGAUGGUCAUCCGGGACCUGACUCUCCGCAGUGCUGCCAGCUUUGGCUCCUUUCACCUGAUCCGCUUGCUGUAUGAUGAGUACAUGUACUACCUGAUCGAACACAGGGUGGCCCAGGCUAAAGGAGUGACACCCAUCGCGGUCAUGGGAGAAUUUGCCAGCACUGUCAAGAGCCGAAUCUCUCCGGACCUGGAGAAAGAAGAAGAAGAGGACGAGGAGGACGAGGAGAGCGAGGACGAGGGCGGAGAUCUCGUGCUGCAGUCCACCUCUCUGAGUGCGAUGGACGACGAGAAGGACCCGAUGGAGCCGCCCGCCAAGCUGCCCAGGACCACUUUCAAUCUGCACACUCUGACGGACAGCACACAACCUUAGCCACUCGUUUGUUCUCACAAUUCUCACACACACCUUGGCUUUAAGUUUAAAAUCAUGUCAUCCCAUUCUGUGACCCUGUGUGCGCUUCGGGUGUUUGAGUGUGUUUGUGUGUGCAAUCAUGCGACAAAGUGGGAGAGCCCUUUGGCAAUUUUCUUUUUCUCUUUGCCUCCACCGGAUAUUUUACAGUCCUUCCCUCGUUCCCUGUGCCUUCCUUGUUUAUCCAGUGGCCACUCUUGUCGUGUCCCGCUUCAAGUAGAUUUUAUACAGUAUAUACAUAUGCUGUAUAUAUAUAUGUAUAUUUAUAUAUUCUUGAUUCCCUCCUGCACCGCCUUAACCACUGACCUGAUCGCUGUGUAGAGAAGAUAAGACUCCAGUGUUCUUCGUUGUACUCUAAACUCAAAAAUAUCACUUACCUUGCCUUUGAAGCAAUGACUAUGCAGGGCAGCUGGACAUCUGGAAUGAUACUGGAUCAUGUAUGUUGAUUGACAGCUAUAUGUGGAAGCCAUAUUUUACUUCAUGCCAUUACUUAUUAAUUUGACCAAUUAACUGAUACCCUGUGCCUUUAAGAGAUUUCUAUAAAGAAAAAAAGCUUGUAUUCUAUAUAUUCUGUAUCGGUGGAUUAAUAAAUGAUGGUCCUGUGAAGUAGU